UCUUAUCGCACGUGGUAUUUCUCAAAACACUGUUUAAUGGUUUACAUCGCAAAACAAUGACUGAAUGCACCUUUAAGCGGGACGUCCAGACUUUCCCGAACGCUUUCCGUUUAAUAAAAGGUCACUCGGUUUAUGUAAGCAGUUUCAAAGUGCUGAAAGUUUUGAAUUCGGUUAUUGCUGGAUGGUCGAAGCGCUUCUCUUCCAUCGCCCCACCUUGGUGAUGAUAAGUGAGCUAGAAACAUCGUCCCAUCAUCAUCCCUGCCCCUGCGCGCACCCCGCCCAUCUCCGUUCCACUUCAGCUGCGCUUCCUUCUCAUUCAGCAAACGCACUGUCCUGUGGCGAGAGAGGGGUCCUUUCCACCCCACAGCCAAACAAAAGAAGCCUGGAAAAGGAGAAAAUCUAGCAAAGACUUCUUAAAGGGCAGGAGGACCCCUGAAUUCUGCGUUUUUGUGUGAAGACAGCAGCGUUCUUGAGGAUAUUGCAGGAAGGAACACUGGGAAGCUUUUUAAUAUCCAUCCAUUGUCAGUGUGUCAUGUGGACUGUGGGGUCACACAGGAGGAUGACCUGUUUUUCACCUGUCGUUCUUCAGCAUACAUCUGAACAGGUUUGCUUGCGAGAAGACUCUCUCUGAACAAUCCUCCAACACGCGCUCAGAUGCUCACCUGGGUCUGUGUCCGGUUUUGGCUCCAGUUUUUAAAACCAUCGCCUCAAAGAUCUCACUGUCCGGGGUGAUAGAAGCGCUGGAGCGAUGCAGUCCAUCCUGUCCUCUGCUUUCGUGCUAUGCUUCCAGAUCGUGUUACUGUUCUACAGCCCAUUACAGGUGUUAGCGGUGGAAAAUGUUAACUUUGGAGUACACGUAGAGAAUCAGACAGGGGUGCGGGACGGCCUGAGCCGGAAACACCAUCGGGUUUACCAGCUAUACAGUCGGACCAGCGGAAAACACGUCCAGGUGCUCGGCAAGAAAAUCACUGCCUUGGGAGAGGAUGGGGAUAAAUAUGCCCAGCUCGUGGUGGAGGCUGACACCUUUGGGAGUCAAGUGAGAAUAAGAGGAAAAGAGACAAACUACUACUUGUGCAUGAACCGUAAGGGGAAGCUUGUGGGGAAGAAAGACAGCAGUGUAAACGGAGGCUGUAUUUUCAUUGAGAUAAUGCUUGAGAAUAACUACACCGCUUGGAUGUCAGCACGCUAUGUAGGCUGGUACAUUGGCUUCACCAAAAGGGGCAGACCGCGCAGAGGUCCAAACACGUUACCCAACCAGCGAGAUGUGCAUUUCAUGAAACGCUUCCCUCCAGGAGAGCAGCCCGACCUGCAGCCCUGCAGCUUUACCACAGUCAGCAAGAGGAGCAAAAGAGUCCAACAGACCUCCACCGCUCCACCACCACUCCAGUAAUACAACAACCACUGACUGUUGCGCAAAGAUCACAUCUUACAGAGGAUCUAGAGACGCUCUUCCUUACAACGCAAGUAGGUUAGGCUUUAGGACUGACCUCUCGGUAGAAGUCGCAGUCAAAGGACAAGGUUGCUUAAACAUUGUGUAAUCAUGCAAAUAUAACCAAAGACUCCUGGGCAAGUGUCCAGUCACUAAACCCUGACAACAAGGGGACCAAGCACUUCAGAGGCCAAAGAAUUCCCCUCUAAUGUCCAGUGCCACUAUAAAAGAGCAAAGAGCUCUACUUGCGUGAAGUUGUAUGGCUGGAAAACUGGCAAGUGCGUGGCAUAUGCAUUAGUUGAGACUUUGCGACUUGGAUGCUUAUGACCAAAAGGACCUGCUUUGUGAACUCAUCAAAUUCAACUUUGGGCCUGUAAGAGCCAUGAGAUUGUAAACAAGAACCAAAGUCAUUCAGAAUGUAUUUGUCAAGAAAAUCUUAUUUGACAUCCUUGUGAAUGUGUAGUUUUGGUUUUGCCUCAGAUAUUUCACAUUUCACCACGAGCACCUAGAGUCUUUCAUAUUCAUCCAAUGAAAAAGUGUAAUUUAAUGGGAGUGAUAUACACUACCGUUCAUAAGUUUGGGGUUGGUAAGAUUUUUAAAUGUUUUUGUAAACUCCUAGACUUGCCAAAAAGUGCAUUUGAUCAAAAAUACAGGAAACCGUAAUAUUGUGAAACUAUUUCAAUUUACAGUAAAUUUUCUGUUUUAAUAUAUUUUAAAAUGUACUUUAUUUCGGUGAUGGCAAAGCUGACUUUCCAGCAGCCAUUCCUCCGGUCUUCAGUGUCACAUGAUCUUUGAGAAAUAAUUCUAAUAUGCUGAUUUCCUGCUCAAGAAAUUUCUUGAUUUGAAUGUUGAAAACAGUUGUGCUGCUCCAUACUUUGUCGAAAUCGAAAGUCCAAAAGUACAAUAAAUUGUCUUUAAUAAACACAAUUUAAAAAAAAAAAAAAAACCUAAUGACCCUAAACAUUCGAACGGUAGUGCAAAUAUAAUUUGGCAGCACAGAAUGUCAAAUUAAAUAUUCUGACCACUAAUAAGAUGGUAAAAUCCCCCAUAAUCCAAAAAAGAUAUGAUAAAAGGACAUAUAAAUUUUUUUAAAAAAAGACAACGUAUGUGAGCAAACACUGAUCUGCACUGAUGUUCAUGGCAGUUUUAAAACAAAAUAUCCAUUACUGACCACAACAGGAGUUGAUUUUCACUCUAGAGAGUUAAAUGUAUCAGAGUUAUUUGAACUGACGCCGGAGCUUCCAGCCCUGCAAGUGUUGUAAUGCUAAAUGUUGCGGUUACUGUUGCAAAUUACUCUGUCCCAAAACCACUUGGGGCUGGUGAAAUCUUGAGAGAUGAAAUAUUUUGAUACUAAUCGUGUUAUUAAAAUAUUUAUUUUGUGGAUGCAUUGAUCAAUGGGUUUCAUCUUUCAACACCUUUACCCUGAACAUUGGUGUAUUUUAGGGUCCACACACUGUUUUAUUGCCACCUGGUGGACCCAGAAGGUAUAAACUACAGCCCUAAAUGGCACACACCAAAAUGCAAACCAUGUAAAACUGACUAGAACUAGUUUAUCUAUUAUAAGAGUUCCAAACAAUAAGAAAGCUAAACUGUAGAGCAAAACCAAGAAGAUUUAAACACAUAAGUACUCUUUUGAGGGUUUGUCUGUACUCUAGUCAUCGACUGCAUUCCGGAUCAGCCAUAUUGGGCAGUAAUCGUCUCUCUCGCUCUCUCUCCCCCGUCUGCAGACUGACUUUGAUCCUCCCUCUUUAUAAUGUCUCCAUCUCUCUCACAUCCACCCUUAUGUCUCACAAUCUGACAGUAGCCUGCCAUCAUUCAUUCUAAUGCCUUAUUUCAAUGGAAUUCCAUUCUAAAGUUCGCACAGAAUGGAACUCUGUGAUUCUUGAGAUCUCAGACUAAAAUAUUGCUCUGCAUUCAAACAUUUUUUGAAUUGCUACAGCGUUGAACUGGGCUCGUAUUGUGGCUGUUGCCAUGGUGGCGUUCAUAAGGAAAGCUGAAAUCAAAUAAGACGAAAAUGACAGUACUGCCAAUUUCCACAUAUUCGGAGCAGGAGGUAAACUUAAAUAUUUGAACAGUGGCCCUGCGAUUUUUGGAGGUCUUGGCAAGCGCGGCAGCAGGUUACUGAAAUCUGGGCCUGUCAAGAAGCCUUUAUCUCAAAAGGGCGAAUCAUGCGUGCAAACACACACACAUACGAAAAACACGACGCGUUUGUGCAAGCUUCUUAACACUCCUUCACAGUCAAGUACUUUAUUCUUAUUAAUAACGCUUUUUUCUUUAAAAAAUCUUUUCAAUAUACAACACCAUUUUAGACGAGACAAUUCUGUUUACAACUAAAUUCAGCUCAGUUAUGGGUCAUUCAGAACCUAGACGAGCAGACAGUGAAAAGGGGAACGAGACGGACAGUGCUAAAAAACGGAAGGAACAUAUCAGGAGAAGAGUCAAAAAAAACUACAAUUAUUCAUACGAUUUCACAAGAAAAGAAAACAGUCGAGUCAAUUUCCCAACUUCAAAAAAAAAAAAAAGAAAAA